AUGACCCAGCUCUGCUCAUCCAGGCCCAAGGGGCCUGCUUAUUCUAUCCAAGGCCUUCCCAGGGGCCUGGGUGCUGGGGAAGGAUCGGGUAGCCCAGUGGGUCCAUGUAUGUCUCCCGGGGGCCCUAGCCCAGCCCGGCUCCUGGACAGCGUCCUAGGGCUGGGGGCACUGGGGCUGACAAUUUGGGUCGUCUUUUCCACAACUGGCCCAGCCUCACUGCUGCUGCUGCUGCUACUUAUCAGCUUCCUGGCCUUCGAUCUGCUCUACCGGCCUGCAGGUCCCACCUGGCCACAGCACACACAUCCACGUCUCACAGGGGGCCAGAGGCAGGGCGCCGGCGAGGGUCCGGGACAAGUGGAGGCUCUACUCCUGCCCACGGUGGGCACAGGACAACUCGCCCUCCAGGAGGCUCUGCUGAUGCUGCUCUUGGGCCUGGGGCUCCUCCUGGGAGCCAGUGGCAUGCCUUUGACCCUGCUAGCCCUGGCUUUCUCUCUCCAUCCUUGGGCUUGA